UCCGAGCUUCCAGCUUUUUAUUUCCUACCAAUUGGAAUUGGGUUGCGCCGGCCAGUCGCAAUUCUUAUUCGCUGACGUCUUGACAUAGACGAUCAGUUAGGCUGAGCAUAGCUAUGAUUCCCCGGUAGCCCUUCGCGAGCUUUGUCAACAAGCCUUUUGGCUUCCCUCGCUACCUCGCUACCUCGUCAUGUUCUCUAAUUCCGAAGCUCGCAAGUCUGUCGACAGCUUGCCGCCUCUGUCGCCUCACGGCCGAUCCGAAUUCCCUUUCCACCGACAAGGCUCGUCUGCCUUUCCGAAAGCACGAAGAGGUUCGACUGCAAGUUCUAUCGCAAGUUCGAUACACUCCAUCGGUGGUCAUCUAGAUACGUCUAGUAGUUGGUCUCAGACCGUUCACGAGACAGGGCAGAAUGCUAUCUCUACUCUCCUCCAACCGCCCAUAGUACGGACGGGGCUACUUCCGCACACGUCCGCCCCUGCUUCAAGCGCUCACAGGCCGCCGACCGCACGAGACAUACCACCCGUUACUUUGACAAAUAUACCACAUGUCGAUAACGACGAAUUUAAACCAUACUUAGCGCAGGUAGGGGCGUUAUAUGAGCAGCUAAGGCGUGUGAAAGAGAGUGAUGAUGAUGGCAGUGAUCACAUAUUUGGACGUGGCAGAGCUGAAGAACAUGCUGGCGUGAUAGAUGAAAGUCAUUUGAAACCGGGCAGUCGUCCGGGAAGUUCACGGAAAGUAUCUGGGUCAUCGAUUAGAUCUGUAUCUCCUAUCGAUUCACCUCCGGCACGCACAAUACGAAGGAGAUCUAGUUCUGGUUUCAGUCGGAAGGCAUCGGUCCAGGGUCCACCUCCGCUAUCUACCAUUCCGAAUGUCUACUUCGACGAGGACUUUCACCUAGAGAAUCCCCGAACGUUUGAUGUCGUUACCGAGCGAUCCGAAGUAGUUAGACCACCGCCUGGCUCCGUGGAGGAAAAGAAUGCUGCAAAUGGGAAUGCUGCGGCCCCGCGCAAAAAUCUUGCUACGAACGCGAUAUUGCAAGAGAAGCUAUCGUGGUAUAUGGAUACGAUCGAGAUGCACUUAAUCUCCUCCAUAUCGACCGCUUCCACUACGUUCUUUACAGCUUUGGGCUCGCUGAGAGAACUCCACACCGAGGCAGCUGGAUCGGUCGAUAGAAUAAAGACGUUGCGAAAAGAGCUCGUGGCCCUUGAUGAGGAAGUCGCGGCUAGAGGGCUAGAUAUUGUCCAGAAACAACGGCGACGUGAGAACCUACAACAACUAAAUGAUGCUGUCAAACAGUUGAAGGAGAUUGUCGAGUCAGUCGCGGCAUGCGAGGAAUUGGUAGAUUCUGGAGAAAUCGAAAAGGCAUUAGCUAGUAUCGAUUCUUUAGAGAAACUAAUUGCAGGCGAGCGGAUACCUCGUCCAAAACAGGACGAAGACCAUGGAUACCAACUACGCGAUUUGAGAGAUGCCGUUGCCCUUCAGGGUGUGAACGGCGACAUAUCUACUCUACGGUUCCGUAUCGGCAAAGGAUUCGAAACUAGGCUUACGGACAUAUUACUAAGCGACCUAAGACGCCACGUCGAUACCGUCUCAACCCAGGAAGUCCUACUCAGGUGGAGUAGCGCAGCAAUGCGAGCCCGCGGAGCUCCUAGCAGAGACUCGUCAGCCUUUCCGGCUUAUUUGUCCGCAACUGACGACCUCCGCUCACAGCUCAUGCCCAUACUAGAUGGGUUGCACCGCUCAAAACAUGUGACGAUUGCCAUAGCGUCCUAUCGAGAGGUAGUGUUGCGGGAAAUCCGGCUACUUAUCAAACGACCGCUCCCAACAUCCAACGAUGAUGAUAAUGAAUCCAUGAUGUCCGCAUCUACGAUGAAUUCAAAACGCUUAACCCAGCAAGAAAAAUCAUCUAUUCUCGCACGAAAUCUUCGAGCAUUGGAUGAGCAAGACGCCGAAAAUCUAUUUGUCAAGAUGUACAUUAGCGUCACAGAAACAUUGCGUAGACUAGGCACCCAGAUGAAAGUCUUGUUCGACGUCGCUAGUUCGUUAGGACAACAACCUAACACUGACUCCGCCUUGAAGUCGCCGAAUCCCCUGAAAUCUCCGCCCCUCAAUAGCGCAAAUCGCGACCUACAAGAAGAUAUUCACCUGACUAUGGACAUGGCGAAUCUCCUCGGCCAAGCAGUCGACACAUCACAAGAGAAGAUUGUGAAGGUACUUCGAGUCCGAUCUGACCAAAGCUCACACCUACCUUUGGUAUGGUUCCUUCGAUAUUUCACUCUUAACCUCUAUUUUGCAAAUGAAUGUGAAGCGAUUUCCGGUAGGAGCGGCACAUCACUGAAGAAUAUCGUCAAUUCCCAAAUCAAGGAGUUCAUCCAGACACACGGCGAUGCGGAGAAGCAGAAACUAGCCCAAGGCAUGGAAUCGGAUCAGUGGAGUGCUAAAGAUUUCACCGAAGAGAACACCGCUUUACUCAAUCGCAUACUAGAAAGUAGCACAAAAGAUAAUGCCGCUUGGUCAGAAGGAAGCAAAAUCUGGAUACCGUUCGAUGAUGGAGGAGCCAAGGAAAAUACGAACGGUCGACCAAGGUCCGAAUCUAACGCGGCGGGCAAAGAAAAGGCGCGAAGCGCAAUUAUUGACGGGGAGACAUUUAUAUUACCCAACUCGGCAAUCCUCUGCUUGGAGGGCAUGUCCCACUUCCUACAUCUUGUCACUGGCAUUCCCUCUAUGGCCUCGGACAUAUCCAGCUCCCUAAUCGCGUACUUACAACUGUUCAACUCGCGAUGCACGCAGCUUAUUCUUGGCGCGGGCGCGACUCGGUCCGCCGGCCUGAAGAAUAUCACUACGAGGCACCUCGCCCUAGCGUCGCAGGCGCUAGCCUUUAUAUCGACGCUGAUCCCGCACGUGCGCGAGUUCGCCAGACGACACGCAGGUACAGGCCCGAACGUCAACAACGGCAACGUAGCAAAUCUGAUGGGCGAGUUCGACAAGGUCAGGCGGCUGUUCCAGGAGCACCAGAACAGCAUCUACGACAAGCUGGUGGAGAUCAUGAGCGGGCGUGCGGCGGCGCACGCUAAGAGCAUGAAGGCGCUGAACUGGGACCGCGAGGGCGACGUCACCGUGGACCUGUUCAUGGAGACGCUGUGCAAGGAGACGGUGACGCUGCAUAGGGUGCUCACGAAGCAUUUGCCGGAGGGCACGGUCAGGUUGAUUAUGACGCCCGUUUUCGAGAGCUAUAAGAGCCAGCUCGGGAAGACCAUGCAGGGGCUUGAGGUUGCGGAGUUGGGCGCCAGGAGGAUGGAGUCCGAUAUUGAAUAUCUCAUCAGCCGGCUGAGCAAGAUCGACGGCUUCGGCGAUACGGGGGAUAGCCUGCUGGCGAUCGCCGUAUCGAAGAAGCCGGAGCCUAAACCGGAGGAUGUUAAAGCGGAUACCAAUAAUAAUAAUGGGGAGACGGCAAAGGAGAACGGCGACGGGGAAAAGAAGAACGGUAACGGUAACUCGGAUGAGUCGCCGGGCGAGGAGGCUAAGGGAAAUGAAAAGGAGAAGAGUGGGGAGGAGAGCAAGUAAAGGAGAGAGGGGAUUGAUUCCUAGGGCAUUUUCGG